AUGCAGUUUAAAUUGUUGACAUUUUUGGUUGCUUCCAUUACUGGUGCAAAUGCUAUUGGGAACCUCGCCUUCAAUUUAGGUGUCAAGGAUAAUGCAGGAAACUGUAAAUCGGUUCAAGAGUUUGAAUCUGACUUGGAAUUGAUCAAAGGUUCAACUUCAAUCAUUAAAACAUAUGCCGUUUCUGAUUGUAACACAUUGCAAAAUUUGGGACCUGCAGCAGAAGCUGAGAAUUUUCAAAUUAUGUUGGGUAUAUGGCCAAAUGACGAUGCUCAUUUCGAAGCAGAAAAAGCUGCUUUGCAACAGUAUUUGCCAAAAAUCUCUUCUUCAACAAUUAAGAUUUUUUUGGUUGGUUCCGAAGCUUUAUACAGAGAAGAUUUGACUGCUUCACAAUUAUCUGAUAAAAUCAAUGAUAUUAAAUCAUUGGUCAAAGAUAUCAAGGAUAAAGAUGGUAAAUCAUAUUCAAACAUUCCAGUUGGUACCGUUGAUUCGUGGAAUGUCAUUGUAGAUGGUGCUAAUACACAAGCUAUUCAAACUGCAGAUGUUGUUUACGCUAACGCUUUUUCAUACUGGCAAGGACAAACUAAUAAGAAUGCUUCUUAUUCAUUCUUUGAUGAUAUCAUGCAAGCUUUGCAAACAAUCCAAACUAUUAAAGGCUCCACUGAUAUUGAAUUUUGGGUUGGUGAAACCGGUUGGCCAACUGAUGGGUCUAAUUUCGAAAGCUCGGAACCGGGAGUUGAAAAUGCUAAAAACUUCUGGCAACAAGGUAUUUGUGCAUUGAGAGCCUGGGGUGUAAAUGUUGCUGUAUUUGAAGCAAUUGAUGAAGCUUGGAAACCAGAUACUUCCGGUAUCUCUGAUGUUGAAAAACAUUGGGGUGUUUGGGACUCAAAUGGAAAAUUGAAAUAUGAUAUCAGUUGUCAUUUUGAUUAA